CAAAUUCCCAUCACGUGUGACGGCUUGACUGUAGUCGUCCGAGCUCUGGAUAGCAGGUAUGUAGAGAUGGACAAUGGCACAAAGCAGAUGGUGGCCCACUGGAUUGGAAGAUUCCUUGCCAUACACCGGUGUCAAAAGAGUUCGCCACAAGAAUGGAUACAGAACAACUGGAAGCGUUUUCUCCAUUUCACUUCCUACAGUGAUCUCUUAAACUCCUGGGGAGCUUCCAAUGGGUCUGCCUUUCUCACUGAGGCCGAAGGCAGUGCUUUGGAAUACAUGACACCCUCCCAGGUCGCUGAAAUAACAGUUGCCCUUGGUGUCCUCUCCAACAUCAGCCUGACGAAAGUUGUCGCCCAAGCCCUGGCCAGCAAGGAUGUCCAUUUUGCAGAAGACUUCUUGAGCAAGUUGGCGCCUUUGCUCCCGCAGCCCCCACCUGUCCACAAUAAGGCCUCCUUGCAUCUGAUGCUGGAGAGCAUUCUGCAGAAGGUGGGCCAGAGCUUCCCUGACCUCUGCUCGCCUUCCUUGAAAGACCUGUUCCAGAGGAAACUGAGGGUGUUUUUGCCUGCUGCCGAUGAAAAGAUACUGAAGCUUUUCCCAACCAGAAUAGGCUGUACUGACUUCCAUGACAUUUACAAGGGAAUAAAUUCUGUGUAUCAUGAGUUAGAUCCAGUUACCCAGAAGGCUGUCUACAAAUCCCGCAUGGAUUUUCUGGAAAGGCAACUGGCAAAAGAAGGAGUCGCUUGCACGUUUAGCACAUCAAACAGCAAAGAGUGGCUGCAGGAAAACUUUGGGCUCUCCAGUAUUUUCGUUGCCUACGAUGACUUUGUUCGCCUGAAUCCCUCUUUCAAUGGAGUAAGUAAUCUGAUUCGUAUCCUGUCUGAACACAGCUUAAAUCAGCUAUCCCUUCACAUGUGGGGGUGA